UCGAGCUCUGCCUUCCUGGGGGGUCCAGCCUUCCCGGGCAGCGUAGGCGGGGAGCCGCGCCCCAGCCCAGCGAGGCCCGGGAAGAGGAUGUCCGGCGCGAUCUUCCCGCCCCUGGAGGGCCCCGGCGCCCUGGACGCGGCGGGCGGCCACCCGCUGGUGUGCCCUCUGUGCCACGCGCAGUACGAGCGCCCCUGCCUCCUGGACUGCUUCCACGGCUUCUGCAGCAGCUGCCUGCGCGGGCGCGCCGUCGACGGCCGCCUCGCCUGCCCGCUGUGCCAGCACCCGACGGCGGUGAAGGGCCCCGGGGGGCUCCCCCCAGUGGACCGGCUGCUGCAGUUCCUGGUGGACAGCUCAGGAGGUGGCCUGGAGCUGGUGCGCUGCGCCAACUGUGACCGGGAGUGCACGGAGCAGGACGCCGAGACCACGUACUUCUGCAACACGUGCGGGCAGCCGCUGUGCGGGCGCUGCCGGGAGGAGACGCACCGGGCACGUAUGUUCGCGCGCCACGACGUCGUGGUCCUGGGCCAGCGCAGCCCCGACGUGCUCCCCAAAUGUGCCCUGCACGCGGAGCCCUACAUCAUGUUCUCCACCGACAAGAAGUCGCUGCUGUGUAUCCGCUGCUUCCGGGACAUGCAGGGGGAAGGUCGUGCGCACUGCGUGGACCUGGAGUCGGCCUACGUGCAGGGCUGCGAGCGGCUGGAGCAGGCCGUGCUGGCGGUGAAGGCCCUGCAGACGGCCACCCGCGAGGCCAUCGCACUGCUGCAGGCCAUGGUCGAGGAGGUGCGGCACAGCGCGGCGGACGAGGAGGCCGCCAUCCACGCCCUGUUCGGCAGCAUGCAGGACAAGCUGGCAGAGAGGAAGGCGCUGCUGCUCCAGGCUGUGCAGAGUCAGUAUGAAGAGAAGGACAAGGCUUUCAAGGAGCAGCUGACCCACCUGGCCACUCUGCUGCCCACCCUGCAGGUCCACCUGGUCAUCUGCUCCUCCUUCCUCAGCUUGGCCAACAAGGCUGAGUUCCUGGACCUGGGCUAUGAGCUGAUAGAGCGGCUGCAGGGCAUCGUGACGCGGCCGCACCGCCUCCGGCCGGCGCAGAGCAGUAAGAUCGCCAGCGACCACCGCGCCGAGUUCGCGCGCUGCCUGGAGCCGCUGCUGCUGCUGGGACCACGGCGGGCCGCAGGGGCCGGGGUCGCCCCCAACACGCUGGCCGGGGGCGCGGGCCCCAAGGCGCUGACCCGGCCCAGCUGCCCGUCCCCGGCGGGCAAGGCGCUGGGCUCGCCGGUUCAGAAGCCCACGCUGCACCGCUCCAUCAGCACCAAGGUGCUGCUGUCGGCCGGCGAGGACUCGCCCUUCGCCGAGCACUGCCGCCACUACGAGGCCGCCUACCGGCGCCUGCAGGCCGAGACGCAGAACCUGAAGGACCAGGUCCAGGAGCUGCACCGGGACCUCACCAAGCACCACUCGCUCAUCAAGGCCGAGAUCAUGGGGGACAUCCUGCACAAGGCCCUGCAGGUGGACGCGCAGAUCGCCGCGGAGUACGCCUGCGUGCAGGGCAUGCGCGCCGUCUUCCAGGAGAUCUGGGAGGAAGCCCACCAGCGCGUGGCUAACGAGCAGGAGAUCUAUGAAGCCCAGCUCCGAGACCUGGCGCAGCUGAAGCAGGAGAACGCGUGCCUGACCACCAUCACCACGCAGAUCACGCCCUACGUGCGCUCCAUCGCCAAGGUGAAGGAGCGGCUGGAGCCCAGGUUCCAGACCCCCGCAGGCGAGCAGGCGGAGCGUCUCCAGGGCAUGGACGAGGAGGGCGCAGAUGGCGAGGCCCUGCCCAGGAAUGAGCUGGGGUGUGUCCCGGAGAAGCGAGAGAAGACCUCGGAGCCGAGAGGGACCAGCUGGGCCCCGGGCUGCCCCGCCGAGGAGCCGCUGAAGAGCAAAGAGCAUCAGAGGCCCAAGCAGAAGGCCGGGGGCGACGCGCCCGCGCGGAGAGACCUGCCCGCAUAGAGCGCCGGCCGGGGAGGGCACACCUGCACACGCCUCCUGCACGCGUGCGCACAUACGCAGUCACACAGCACACAAUUCACACGCAAGCGUACACACACACCGCCUCACUCAUGCACACCCAGAACCACAUGACACACACAAACCCAGACACGCCCACCCAGUCUCAUACACAUGCAAAGCUCACAUGUGCGCACACGUCACUCGGCGCUCGUAAUACACCGACACGUACC